UUUGCUUCGGGGGAUUUAAAGCCUCCACGUUCCGUUUUCCCGAUUUUCCCGACCCACCAAAGGAGAAUCGAACCGGGAGCCGCGCGGGGGAAACAUGGAAGAUGACAUCGAAGGUUUGAAAGACUUGAUAUUGGAGGAAUUGGCGCGUCUGGGCGUGCAAACCACCUCGGAGGGCAAGGCGAGCCAAGGGGCCAGCAGACUCCUCAACUACAACUCCAAUGCCUCCAAGUCCGGUAAGCUCAAGUCCAAGGGCAAAGGGAGUCCCAGGGCGUCCAAGGGCAAGCGGAGUCCCAGGGCGUCCUCGGCCAAGAGUCCUCACACGAAGCAGGGCCACUCGAAGGGACGGGAUGAGAGGAAGCACACGCCCAAGUCGCCCUUUGCAGCUGCGAAGAGGAAGGCUGAACUACGGAAGCAGAAUUUGAAGGAAAAGGGAUUAGUGUUUGGGAGAGAACUAGGGCAUGUACCCUCAGUAUGUGUGUACAUGAGUGAUGGAACUCAGGUUACUGUCGCAGAGUUCCUUGUGGACGUUUGCAACCUCGUCCGCAGAAAUAUCACAGUUGAAGGCAUUUUUCGCAAGGCUGGUUCAUCACAGCGACAAAGUGAUAUUAAGAAACUGAUUGACAGUGGAAGCAGUCUUCCCAAUAGUGUUCAUGUUAUAGAUGGAGCAUGUCUCUUGAAGCAGUUUCUCAGGUCACUGCCAAAUCCACUCUUGUCCUCAGAAGUUCAUAGCAAGACCAUAAAAUGUAUGCAACUUGGAAAAGAAGCAAGGGUAGAAGCAGUGACUCUGUGCACAAUGUUAUUACCACUGGCUAAUAGACACACCCUUGUCUAUCUUAUGGAUUUUCUUUCAGAUGUUGUUCAUGCAAGUGGAAGCAACCUGAUGGAUGCACAUAAUUUGGCAAUAGUGUUAGCACCCAAUCUACUACCAACAUCAAUCACAUUAAACAAUAAAAAAGGUUCAGCAGGAUCCUUGCAUUCCGAAGAUGCCAUUCUUGCAACUAAUAUUGAGAUUUUGCAGGCGAAGUCAAGGACCAAAAUGGGCCAACCAUUCACCAUUAAAGAAAUUCCAAGCACGUGGAAUGUAUUCCCCCAACCAAGCACACAACCCUCCGUCAUGGGCUACUCCAAGUCGAGCCUCAAGAGAUCUACUUCAGCGAAGGUCAGCGCACUCCCCAAAUCCCCGGGCACUAACCUUCACACAAACCACCAGGGUGUGAGCAGGAAGAGCCUAGGUCGCACAGAGCAUAUUGGCGGCAGAGCUGUGAUCUCAAAGACAAGUUCGGAUGUUGCCAAUACGAUGGCAUUGGUGAAAAUACCAGUAGUGAAGAGAAGAAGCUGUGAUAUACCUCUAAGGUCCACUGAAAUGAGAGGAAGCAUUUCUGAAGACACAACCUGGAUGAGGCGGCGAAGCAGUGGGAACUGGAGGAAAAAGGAGAAUGAACCUGAUGGUGAAGAUGUUUCUACUUUAGGACCCCGGGGGGUGCCAGAUGGGGCUGAGUGUAUUUUGCGGGAUAAAGUUAUGCCAAAACCAGCCAUUGCAGAUACAGUAGAAACUUUGGAACAGCAGUACGAUGACAUUAAGUCUGUAGUUAAAAAUAUGGAAGAGGAAGUUGACAAGAACAAUGUGCAGCAGUUAAAAGAGACCUACUUCCCAGACAGCUCUUCAUUAUCAGCACAGAAUAUGAGCUACUCAGAAAUGAUUCAGAGUGCCUAUGAGCGAAUGAAGGUUGAAACAAAGGACCUGGAAAUUAGCCCUUCAGACAAUUUAUCAAAGAGAUUAGGGAAGGAGCUCAAAAUCAGAAAUCGCAGAAGCAGUGAGCAUAGGGUCAUUCGAUCCCCAAGUGAGAGAAAGAUUGGCACCAUUAGGAGACGCUCGAGAGAGCUUGUACAGAAUGCAGCAAAGAGCCUUAUUAAUGUAGAGGAUACUCCAGCUAAUAAACCUGUUCAGACACCAAGGAUGAAAGGGGCUCUUAUGCAGACACCUAUCAAUACAGCAUUAAAGAGGGGGAGGCCAAACUCGGUGAAAUCAGGUCUUCCAUUUGUGGUGAGGGCUUUGAACAUCAGCUCAGAUUCAGUAAUGCCAGUUGAUGAAACUCCAAUUUCAAGUCGCACAGUUGUUGUCAACAGGAGAAAUGGUGAACAGGAGCAGAUCCAACGUUUACAGAUUACAAAUCAGAGUUUAUACAACAGGUCAAAUGAACGAGAGAAGAUAUUUGAAAAUUCUGAGGUGUCUGGACUAGAAAAUACAAAUAGUAAUUUGUCUCUGAGUAGUAGCCUACCUGCAUUAAACACUGAUGAUAGUCUGAUGGGAAGUUUCCUGGAGCAGUUCCCUGGACCAAUGACACGUAGGCGGUCUAGUAUUUUGUCUGCUUCCGCAAAUUUAGAUUCAUUCAUUAUGAUUCAUUCAUCUGAAAAUUCAGUCCACAUUGAAAACCAGGGUGAUAGAAUCACCUUGAGCAGUCAUUCCAGUGAGUGUAUGGAUGUAGAUGAAGAGCCCAUGAAUAAUGAACAAAUGGGUAGCCAAAACAAGUCAGCUGUUUAUGCAAUCCCAGCUGUUGUGGUUCCAGAAUCGGGUAGAGAUGAAAGUUGGGUACCUGCAGCAGACUUCAUUGAUCACAUUGAGGAUAUGGAAGAUGAUCAAGAGGGUGGUGUAACUGAGAAUGCAGGAAGGCCAUCACUAGCAGCACUCAUGAAACAGAAAAAGGUGACAGCCAAUGUGCGAUUGUUCAGCAAUUUAGAAACUGCAACGCCUGCUCAGAGGAGGCAAUCAAGAAUGCGUGGCACUCCACACAGACUGCCUUUACAGCGUGGGGCAAACUCGGAGAGCAGAGGAACUAAACUCAAGCACACUAAGAGUAUGCCUCAUAGAUCAACUAUGACCCCAAGAGAGCUGUUGAAAGCAAGGCAAAAAUCAUUCCAUUUUGAUAAAUCUCCACACAAUCUUGCAAAAGUUGCUGUAGUGUCUCCACUGAAGGAAAGUACAUGGAUAAACAUUCAACAAGAGCAUUCUAGGGAAACAACAAAACCCCACAGGGGUGAAGCAACAACCCCACAGCGGAAAUUCCACAAUGAUGAGGUAGGCUUCAAGACACCCAUCAUACCAAGGAAUUUUCUACGUAGCCAAAGUACAAAGUCUCCAGCUGAGAUUGCCUCCGCCCAACCACCUAAACUGCCUCCGAGAGCAAGUGUUAAACCAUCACCCAUACGUGUUCAAUACAGAUAAAUAUAAAAAGCUCUCUUCAUAUUAGUCAUGUGUUAUUUCAAUUUGGUUUUCAUACGUCUUACUUUUGCUUUACUGGAAAUGCCAUUGCUUUGCAAAUUAAAUUGUUUUAAGAGAAAAUUAAUAGAUUGUAGCUUAAUUUCUAAAUAUCUUUGACAUCCAUUUCCCCUGUGGAACAUUUCUUUGAAUUGUCUUUUAAUACUUCUGUAUUUUCAUCACUUCUAGAUUUAAAUACAUUUUGAUACACCUGAAAUAAACAAAACUGGUACACCAGAAAAAGAGACUACUGUUUUUAUUUUUAUGUCGCCAGUUGAUUUUUAGGUAUUAUAUCAUUCCAUAUUUUCACACACAUUACCCCAUGUUUUAGUUCAUUUCACUGUGUAAUUAUUUUAUAAGAGAUUUAUAUCAUAUGCUUUGGUUCAGCCAACUUGUUUUUCUGUUAUCUUUCAACAAAGGGAUUUGUUAAAAAUCUUGUUUUAUAAAAUCUGUGCCAUACUAAAAAAAACAAAAAAAACUUUUAGAUUAAGUGGACCAGGACUCAAAAGUCUGUUAGCUUUGUAUUUUGACCUUGCCACUCAUAAUAAAUUUUUAAAGAGAUUGAUUUUGCUUGUUUUAAUAUAGCUUGUACACAUUUCAUCUUUAUGAUAAACUUAUUUCAUUAUUAUUGCUCAAUAAAUUGGAUGAGUACCAUUUUUACUGAUAUUUAUCCAUUUAAGAGUGAUCUUUUGUUGCAUUAAGACCUUGAUUGAUUGUAUAUUCGUAAUCAAUAAUACAAAUGGGAUAAAGAUUGAUAUUAUGUGAGUAAUAAGUAGCAAAAGGCAAUGGGAACUCAUUUAUUUUGCAUAAUACAAUAUCUAUUAAAAAUGGUGCUCGGAAAUGCGAAAUCUUAUUUUCAUAGUCUGUAAUUACAAUGGAUAACUUUUCCAGAUGCAACAACUUAAAGUAUACAUUCUGCCAAAUGUUAUAUAAAUGCAUAUCAUGAUUAUUUAAUUUGAGUGAUAAGUUAAUCAGAUUAAUGGAAAGACAAGGCUGCAAAAAUGUUUAUUCAUCAGAGAUUUUGGAGGUCCCUACCCAGUCGUGGAAUACUUGCUUUAAGAAAUACGUUAAGUAAAACUGUAACAUUUUCCACAAAACAAAAAUAAUCCAUCAUACAAAAAAAAAUAUGCUGGAAAAUCAAGUACAUUUAUGCUUUGCUGUAGAAAUGGAAUUACACGUAUCUGCUACAUGUUGGUUGACUUAUAUUAUAAAGUGGUAUUUUAUGUAACUGUUCUUCCGAUGCCCUUUAUCUUGUAUUCUGUUAUACCCUGUACUCAAAAACAUUAACUUAUGUACAUCAUUCUUUGCUACCCCCAUGGUGAGUGUGGUAUUUAAUUUGUGUUCUGUUUAAUAAAAUAUUAUGCCUUA